UAUUAAUUAGUAACUGACACAAGGGCACAGAUAACUGCUCAUAGGUCGACUCACCCCGCACAGUGCACACGCAUCCCUAUGCCAGCCUCUGCAGCAUAAAGUAUGGUUGAAUGUGGCUACAUGUUGAGUCCCCGCCCUUUGCUCUGUCCCAUGUGUCCUGCUGUCUCACCCAUCUGCUGCCAGACUCUGUGUUGCAGCUGCCCUCUAGUGGCUGCUCCUCUGAGUGCAGCCAAAUAGGCCAAUAGAUUCUGUGGCACUGAAAUUUACUGGAGAUUAUCGUUCAAAUUAACUUGCUUAAAACAGCUGUGUCCCUUUUUUUUUUUUUUUUUUGGCCCCAUAGAAUCCAGAUUACUGGUGUGUCUAGACGGUGGGAUGGACUCCAACACCAAACAUCAGUGGGUCAAUAUCAAAUGCCUUGUCCGUUUCUCAGGCGUUUCCUUCUUUGAUCAGAUAUUUUCUGAUUUUAAACCAGGAAACCUGUCUGACUUUAGACUGUAUUUAUUUAAACAACGCACUUCUUUUUUUUUUUUUCUUUAACUCAAACGAUACCCAGCCCUGCUUUGAACCUUAAGGGCUUGUCUCCCCUCAUAAUGGACGGGUCCAGUAUGUCUAUGAGCCAUCAGCAGUCCAACCAAAGUGUCUUCCCCUUCUCUAAUUGUUUAAUUUGAAUAUAUAUACACAGGCAUGACAGGCUAAAAACUGUCCAGUACGCUUUUUGGAGAAAGGGUGAAGAAAUGAACCUAAUGUUGUGUAGACAGUAUGUUUACCUACUCGCAUUGUUUGCUACUCAGAUUUACGUUGUGAACCCUUUGGGACGUUGGAAGCCAUCGCUGUGCAUCAUGCACAUUUUUGUGGUUCCUUUUCUGUCAUUUAUAGCAACAGUGUGAUGACACAGAUAACUCAACACAUGAAACCUCCCACGGCCACAUGUUGAGUCUCCCACCAGUAGGGGGACAGGAGUCACACACUCUGAGCUUCUCUUAACUCGUCUUUUAAAGCUUCAGAUUCUGGAAAUAAGUCCUUUUGUCUCUUUUUCUUGGCGCUAUUGUGUCCCUUUUUUCGGGAGUUUCAUUGUGUGCAUCAACCGCAGCCUGUCCUUCACUGACCGUGCGUUUCUUUCUGAGCUGUGGCAGCCUGUGUUUAGAGAAAACACCCCCGUCCUUGUGUCUGCAGCCUGGUUUGUUUGUGACACGCCAACUAAAGGCUCACUCAGCGGCCUUCUUCUCUUUCCUGUGUACUUCCUGUCAUGCCACAGUUUAUUCCUCCUCCUCACACCUCUGCGUCUUAAUGUGUCUGCACAGAAAUGUUCUUUUGUCUCGCGAGGCAGUCGCAGUGGCAAAAAGAAAAAGAGGGAGGUGUGUUAAUCUGUUGGCUCGCGGUCAUGUUAUGAGUGUGAUGGGGAUUAAAACACAUCACCAAAACCAAUCUGUCCGUUACACCGACAACCACGCUCCGCCGUAACCUGCACUGCCUCCCUCUUCUCUCCCUCCUUCCUCACCCCUUUCCCACUGAUGUGUUUGUUAUCAGAGAGCAGAGGGGGGAGGCGACGAAGCAUCGCUCCUCGGGAGAUUAGCGGCACGUGUCGGCCUUUUGAUUUCCUGCCUUCCAGAGCUUGGAGCUGCCAGGUUAUGAUGAAUAAAAAAAAAACAUGAAACUAAUAUGAAGUAUGCGUCGUCUCCAGGGUGCCGUGUGUGCGUGUGUUGUCUCAGCAUUCAGACAGUCGGAUAAGCGAGGUGUGGCGCACUGAUGUACAUCGGGUCCACAUGCAGGCGAUGGAUGCGUGGCGAUGGAACAUGGCAUGCUUCGGCCACACAGUAGACAGUGUGGGACAACUGGUGCUAUUGUCACAACUCUUCAUGUGUGACUGUGUUUCAUCCAUGUAAACUGUAACUCAACGCCGUUUUGUUCAUUUCUCUUUUGUCGACCCACGUCUUCACGCUCGUCCUCCUCUUUUUGUAAACGACCUCCACGGUUCAAUGGCGACAAGCAGGAGAGCGAGAGCUGAACAGAGAGAGAUCUUUUGUUUCCAAAUUAGGCACCACUCCUUGCCAAAACUAACUGUUAUUGUAAAAAAAUGUGACAUGAAAUCCCCACUCAAUGCUGCCACUGACUUUCCACGAGAGAUACGCUGGCGUGGUGUGGUUUAAUCUCGCGUGUCUCCCUCCUGGAUGGGAAUCGAACCUCCUUCUGUGCAUGCCGGUGAUCCACUCUCUCCACGGGGCGGAGCGUCGAACCCAGAGAGAGAAGAGUAACCCCCCCCCCACACAGCCACAGACCUCUGACUUUAUGAGGAAUCCUAAUUACAUAGCCUGGUUUAUUUAUACUCAGCUGUGACUCAGUAGGACACUUGUGUGUGUGUGUGUGUGUGCGUGUGUGUGUGUGUGUGUGUGUGUGUGUGUGUGUGUGUGUGUGUUAGUGAAAGUGUAUUUCAACCAGGGAUGAAGUGGAGUGUCUUUCCAGCGAAGUUUAGUCUGGGAUCAUUGAAAAAAAAGAUCCUUUAAAGUGACUUUGUGUAACUUUUAAAAAGAAAAAUAACACGACGAUGCUCACAAACGAAAAGAGGAAUUCAGAAGCAUUGAAAGGCAACGUUGCUCAGCUCAACACACUCGGGUGUUCUGCUGCUGCUGCCACAGGCGGUCGCUUUUAUUGGCGAGUAUUAGCUGAUGUUAGCAAAAGUUAAAGCGACGUUGCUGAGACCUUACUGAGUCAGCUUUCUGUCAAAGGAACAUUUCAAAGGAUCAACGCAAAAGUAAAACGAGUAAUAAACUCACCGUACUUCAACGCUUGUGUUUAAUAUCAUUAUGGUUGUUUGGAGUUGGUCUUGGAUGGAAAGUCUGUGUUGAACCUGAGGGCAUUGAGUUUUAAUGACAUGGGGGCGUUUACCAGGCAAGGAGGUCUUUAAUGAAAUACACUAUUGAGUUGCAUUAUGGGAAGUGUAGGAAUUCAGGGUUUUGGAGUUGACCGACAUACACGCACACUUUUGUUUUCCUACAUGGUUGGCCAGCGUGUUGUAUAAAGUAGUUAUUUUAAACUGACAUGAGGAAAAAACAACUUUCAUCUUUUGUAUUUUUAUUGUGAAUAUAUUGAAUAUUGAUUUUAACUGCAUAUCAUUGGCAGAUCACAAAACACUCAUUACUAUAAAAGCUACUCACCAAACAAGUCAAAUGAGUCUGUUUUCCAUGAUGCGUAUAUAUAUAAAGAGAAGGAAAUAAAGCAAGAAAGCAGUUAAAAACAAUGCAACUCAUGGGAUUAGAUCCUAAAAUGAACGCUCUUUAUAUAAUAGUGAAUAUUUGCAUCGUGACGCACGAUGUUCUUGUUUACGUUUCUUUUUAUUUAUCUUCUCGUCAACCUUCUCAAACUCUUCCAGACUGCAGUGUGUGUUCCCGUAUAUCCAGAGGGUACAGCCUCUGGGCCGACGGUCAAGUCCAUACUUGUCCCGCUGCGCGGCAGGUGAAACCUGUCUAACCUCGUCGGUUAACGGAUGCGCGGUGUGUUGACAGCGAUGAGCGUUGGAGGGGAAAGUCGGUCGUCUGAAACAGCAUGGUCACCUGUCUGCCGCUCUUCCACGGAUGCUGGAUACCUGGCUGUUUGGGCAAAGGGCGGAGGGAUGGUCUCUCCUCAGCCGGUGACAACCCUCGGCCGCCGAUGGCGACCCGGCCGGGAAGGGAGGGGCUCGGCGUGGGCUGGAAGGGUCCCCGGACGCUGGUCCUGCAGAAGAACUCCCUGGGUUUUGGUUUCACGCUACGCCACUUCAUCGUUUACCCUCCAGAGUCGGCCCUGCACACCAACCUCAAGGAUGAGGAGAAUGGUAACGGAAAGGGGUAUCAGAAAGGUCGACUGGAGCCGAUGGACACCAUAUUUGUGAAGAGUGUGAGGGAAAAAGGGCCGGCCCAUCAGGCGGGCUUGUGCACAGGAGAUCGGCUGGUGAAAGUGAACGGAGAGAGUGUUCUAGGAAAGACGUACUCGCAGGUGAUAGCCCUAAUCCAGAACAGUGAAAGUGUGUUGGAGCUCUCCAUUAUGCCAAAGGAUGAAGACGUGCUUCAGUUGGUAAGUGCAUACUCCCAGGAUGCUUACCUGACAGGCAACGAACCCUACACAGGGGGAGCCGAGUACCUCCCACCACCGCCUCCCCUCUGUUACCCACACACCAAGGCCACGACCCCUGCUGGCUCCAUGUGCCAGAACCAGCUGGAUAACUGGAGUCGUUGGCCAGGCUCUUCCAGCCCCUCUUCGCCCCUGGACAACCGCUCCGCUGUGGGCAGCCCCGCCAGCUGGCAGGAAGGACGGGCAGGAGAGCCAGGAGGUGUGGGUCACAGCAGCCCGGCCCACCGCACAGAGGAGAUCCAGUACGGUAUGACCAGCCAGCAGCCUCAGGGCCAGACCAGGGGGCGCUCCUACUCUUCCUCUUCCUCAUCAGGAGGCCCUUUGUCCAGCCCGCUGCAAGUCCACUACCCAAACCACCACGCUGCCGGAUCCUCUCAGGCUCAGCCACGCAAGUCCAGCUCAGCCUGGACCAGUCCUCCCCUGCCCCAGCUCAGCCAUGGUCGCACCGAGCUCUGCCAGCAGGCCCUCUCCGCCUGGUACCACAACCAGGUACCUGAGCGCCCAGGACGCAGCAUGCAGACCCGCCACCGCAGCUACUCUCAGGACCGGCUCGGUGACUCAAGGAGGCAGCAGCAGCGGUCAGGUGGAUUCCCGCACAGCGCCUCCCAGGACACUCUGAUGUUACUACAGCAGUCAGGACCAGGACCCCAGGGAGAGCCCUACUGGUCCUAUGGCGACAGGGAGGGGGGCCCAGGUAGGGGCCCAACUGCCACCAACUACACCCGAACACGCUCUGAAAACCUGCUAGCCCAGUACGAUCGCCAUGGCCGCUCGUUAGAGAUGCUGGACCGAGCAGCAGCUGGACUGGUCUCACCUCAUUUUGAGAGGCCCUCGUGGCCCCAGCAGGCUCCUCAGCCGCCCCCCAGGACUGACGCCCAUCCGAGGCACUUCGGUGCAGCACAAGCUCCUCCGAUGUCCCGACACACACAGUCACAUUCUAAACACCACCCCCAGAAUCACACCCAGGCCCACUCCCAGCCUCAGUCCCACCAGGCGGCCCCCCAGAGCAGGCGGCUCCCCCCGGGGCAGAGCAUGGACGACCAGCCGGUGGGCUACCGCAGCUACAGCCCCUCUUUUUACCGCAAGACGGGCCGGAUCAUGCAGCAAGCGCACUCUUUCAGGGACCCUUCGUACUCCGGCCCUCACAUGAACUGGAACCCAACGCCUAAAACCAGCCCCCCAGAGGGCACAACGGCACCCCUCACUGCCUCUGCCGCGUCCCCCCUUGCCUCUGCCACCCCCGAAUCCCAGGACAAAGCGUACAGGCCGACAAACCACGAGAGGGAACGAGGGUCAGUGGAGGGGCAGGCGGAGGGGCAGGCGGCGGCGGUGGCGGCACAAACCCAGGAAGUGGUGCUGAGGCAGAAACCUCCCACCGGGCGGAGGAACGCCCACGGCAUGCGUCACCCUCACUACGCGCUGCCCAUGGAUGGGCUAGAACCCUCUUUGUUUUCUCCUGAUCCCCAGGACGCGGCUCCUGCCCCCGGUUCCAAGGGAGAUGGAGCCCCACGCAAACCAAACGGCAACCUCGCCCCGCUCCCCAUAGAGGACGACUCCUUGGCCUCGAUCCCCUUCAUAGAUGAGCCGACCAGCCCAGGUGCUGAUUUGCGCGCCCGCCAUGUGCCGGCGUCCUCCGUGGUAUCCAGCGGCAUGAACUCGGCGCCCGCCGUGGUCACCGGCCCCGCCUCCCCCACCUUCACCUUCCCCCUCACUAGGCUCUUCUCACAGGACUGCAGCAGUAUUAAAUCCGGUCGCCGUUCCUCCUAUCUUCUAGCCGUCACCACCGAGCGCUCCAAGUCAUGCGACGAAGGACUCAACACGUUCAGAGAGGAAGGCCGAGUCUUCUCGAGGCUACCAAAGAGAGUGAAGAGUUUCUUCACAGACGGGUCUCUGGACAACCUCGGCACAGCAGAGGAGGUGCGAUCUAAACGCCACUCCACCUCAGAGCUGGGAAACAUUACGUACAGCGACGUGCGGCAAGAAGGAUGGCUGCACUUCAAACAAAUCCUCACGGAGAAGGGCAAGAAGGUGGGCAGCGGCAUGCGUCCGUGGAAGCGAGUCUUUUCUGUGCUCCGCUCCCAUUCUCUGUUCCUCUACAAGGACAAGAGGGAGGCGGUGCUCCGCGGGGCCACGAUCGGAGGUGCGGCCGAGGACGAGCAGCCCAUCAGCAUCCGGGGCUGCCUGGUGGACAUAGCGUACAGUGAGACCAAACGGAAGCACGCCCUGCGGCUGACCACCCAGGACUUCUGCGAGUACCUGCUUCAGGCCGAGGAUCGGGAGGACAUGCUGGAAUGGAUAAAGGUCAUCAGGGAGAACAGCAAGACGGACAGCGAGGAGCUCGGUAUAUCCAGACAGGCCCUCAUCAAUAAGAAACUGAAUGAUUACAGGAAGCAGAGUCCGACAGGCAGCAAGCCCGACUCCUCUCCCAGGAUGUCCCGCAUGAAGCCUCCCUUCCUGCUCACCAAGACGGAAAACGCUGCGGGGGCGCCACGCUCCCCCAAACCAGAGGGCAAAGAUGAGAGCGCUCCUCCAAAGUCUCCGUGGGGAAUCAACAUCAUGAAGAAGUCAAAGAAGUCGGGGCCUAAAGCUUUUGGUGUGAGGUUGGAGGAUUGUCAGCCGGGUGUGAUUAACAAGUUCAUCCCGUUGAUCGUGGAGAUCUGCUGCGGUCUGGUGGAGGAGAUGGGUCUGGAGUACACGGGGAUCUACCGAGUCCCCGGGAACAACGCCAUGGUGUCCGCGCUUCAGGACCAGCUCAACAAGGGAUGCGACAUCAACCCUACAGAGGAGAAGUGGCAAGACCUCAAUGUUGUCAGCAGCUUGCUCAAAUCCUUCUUCAGGAAACUUCCAGAGCCGCUCUUCACCAACGACAAGUACAACGACUUCAUCGACACCAACCGGAUGGACAGUGCAUCAGACAGACUAAAGACCAUGAAGAAACUGAUCCGAGACCUCCCAGAUUAUUAUUACCACACUCUGAAGUUCCUGGUUGUUCACCUGAAGACUGUAGCCGACAGCUCGGAUAAAAACAAGAUGGAGCCCCGUAACCUGGCUCUGGUGUUCGGGCCGACGCUGGUUCGGACAUCUGAAGACAACAUGAAAGACAUGGUCACACACAUGCCCGACCGCUACAAGAUAGUAGAGACGCUCAUCCAACAUUGCAACUGGUUUUUCGCUGAAGAGCAAGACAAGGAUGAAAAGACACCGGUGGACACGGAGGACGUGCAGCCCGCCCCCAACAUCGACCACCUGCUGUCCAACAUUGGCAGGACCGCUCUGCUCGGGGAGGCCUCAGACUCAACCAACAGUGAGUCAGCUAAAUCAAAGGGCUCUUGGGGGUCAAAGAAAGACCUUACACCCAAAGACUUCCUGACUCUGUCCAUCAUGUCGGCUGUUACGGGCCGCAAACGCAGGAAGCGCCACAAUGGCCGCCGCGUGGGCAGCAGCACCGAUGACGACUCCGAGCACGAGCCAAUCAAAGCCGGACAUUUAGGGGCAGAGGAGGAAGAGGAGGCAGAGUCGCCUGUGGGAGACACUGCUCCUCGAGCAGUGGGAGAGGAGGACGAGGAUGAAGAAGAAGAGGAAGAUGAGGAAGUUGUUGAAAGCGGAGUGAAAGAAGAGGUAGAAGAGGAGGAGGUGGCGGCGGUUAUUCCAAGUCGGCCGUGCUGUAAAGAGGAAGAGGAGGAGGCAGGAGGAAGGCAGGCAGCCGUGUUGUUGCACGAGGAGGAGGCGCGGGCGGAGGUGAAGGGCCCGCCGUGGAGAGCUCCAGAGGACGCUCGCUCUAUUGUUUCUGGUUACUCCACCCUCUCCACGUUAGGCCGUAGCCUGGGGUCGGAGGGCAGGGGGGACGAUGCCGAUGACGAGCAGAGCGAGCUGGUGAGCGAGACGGACAACGAGAGCGGCUUCGCCUCGCGCUCCCUCACCCAGGAGAGACCCGACAAACACCCGACGACACCCGUGAACACACAGCCGCCAGCGAUGCCGCGCAGCUUCCUCUACACGCACUACAAACCCCCCGUUCUCUCGCCCACAAACCUGCUCGCCCCGCCCACCGCGCUCACACCGGACUCCGCGGACAGGAGCGAAGGGGGGGCGCGGUCCACCACGCCCUCGUCGUCCUCCUACUCCUCCUCCUCCACCACUCACAGGCUGCACUCGCGGCCUUCCUUCAACUCCCACAAGCUGAUCCAGUGCGACACUCUGGCCAGGAAGAAGCUGAAGUCGGAGAAGGGCAAGACUCGCUCUCUGGACCUGCUGGAGCUGUCUGGGGUCAUGGCUGGCGGCGACGGGGCCGGUUCCGGGUCACCCAGAGUGAGGAGGGAGACCUCUAAGACCAACCCCUCCUCAGGCAGCAGCCAGGAGAGCCUGCGCCUGGCCCGGCCCAAGCCCUCGCUGCCGCCCAGCGAGGCCGCCUCCUUCACCCCGACCGGCCCCGGCAGCAGGUCCCUAGCGGAUCAGGUCCGGGCCCGUCUGCUGGGCUCGGCCGACGACCUGCGCAGGGUGGGACUGCGAAAACCGCUGUCACCAGAGACGCGGAGGAAGAGACGCGCCUGGCGCAGACACACCGUGGUGGCCUCCCCAACUGAGAUCUCUGACAAGAGACCCCCACUGACCGUCAGCGACUUCCCCCUGUCUCCCAUCACUCAAAACCAGGUUAAAACACCAGGGCUGCCUCGGGAUGCAGACGGGCUCGACCAAGGACCGGCUACACGUCACGCACCCACCUCUAGAUUCCACCAGUAUCUGUGAGCCCUGCCAGCUGACCCCACACGUCUGUACGGGGGUCCAGGCUGAGCCGCUGACUCCCUGCAGGUUAGUAGACCGGCAGCAGCUUGAACAGGGUCUGGGUCAGUUGCCGGGUGCAGCACAGUGUACCACUGACCAGGUCUUUAAGAGCAGCCCACCCUUUUCUUUUUGAUCAGCUCCAUUUGCAUGGCAAGGGGCUUUCCAGUGUUGCCAAAGCUUUUUUUUUUUUUUUUUCUUCUUCUUUUUUAUUCCAAAAUGUGUGCUUUUAUAGAAAUAAUACAGAAACAGGACAGAGACACAAAUGGACCUCAUCACAAUCACAGCCAAGAAUUCUCAUCUGAGUGAUAACCGAGCGUCCUUCCCGUCUCCUCUGCCUUCCAGCUCACAGACAUUUAGACUUAAAGGGUCGAAUCCCUUCAAGUGACCAGAGCUGGAUGGUUCUUGAGAGAAUGGUGCUUCUUAUCACCGUGGGGUGUAACGGUAACUUUUGCUUCAGUGAGCCAGGAGAGACAGUCGACCCCCCCCCCACACACACACACACACACACACACACACACACGCACACACACACACACACACACUCUUCUAAUAACAAAACGUUAUCGGUCAGUUUAAAACUAUUUCAAGAGAUCUCAACUUCAGUCUUUCUAACGUGUUCCUCCUCAGACCACAGACACUGUAAUCACUCAUUUAUACUCCAAACAGUAGACACGGUGGGUCACAAACACACAGCAUACAGUCGUCUCUCUCUACGUGUUAAGAAUGUUUACGUGUGUUUGCGCAACAAUAAUUGUGAUCAUGUCCGAGCGUGCAGGUGUUUGUGUUGAACAAUUUUGUAACAUUUGUACAAAGCCUUGUUAAGUUAACCUUGUAAAUAUAAAUAUUACGUUUAUCAUAUUUGUUUUUACUUUUUUAGUUCCUUUUUUUUAUGGUUUACAAAAGUGCGUACAAAGUGCACAAGUCAUUUUCUUUCAAGAUGUUACUUGAAAUGUUUCCCUUAAUAUAUAUAUUUUUUUUGUUUUAUAUUCAAUAUAUAUAUUAUAUAUAUUUUGUAUUAAAGUAAAACACUUUUAUUGUUACUCGAUGUGGGUGUACCUGUCCACAGGAGAUGAACGUGACUCCUGGUUUCCUCAUAGAUGGCCUUCCUCUCUAAUUCUCAGCGCUGUGCAGAAAACCUUUAUCUCAUGAGAUAUGAUCUUAUAAAUAAGUAUCUCUGGAGAUUGUAUUUCCAACAAUGUUGCAUCAACAUGUACACAAGCAAAUACAUGUAGCAAGAGAAGAAAAUCUGGUGAUUAUUACAUUAUAUUGGGCAGUUUGCAGGCAGCUCGGCACCACGCUGUGAUGGCUGAACUCCUCUGUUUUGUUAUUCAUGUCUAGUGUUGAUUACCGAGCAAUGCCUCCACAGAUCUGCUCGUAUUUACUGAGCUCAAGUCGAAGUGUGUUCCUUCUUGUGAAAGAGAAGCCUGACGGCGUUCAACAGACUGUUACGAAACAUUGUGUAGCGCAUACAAACGGAUACAUUUUCACCUCGGUCGGUGGUGAUCUUUGUGUUUUCAGCACAUCUCCUUCGAGGGGUGCAUCCGUCUGUACGUUUAUUACCUCGUGGGGGUUUACAUGAGGAGUUUUCCAUAAGGUCAAUAAAUCCUACCUGACGGGGGAAAUGUUGCACCAGAGGAAACAAAUACAGAAUGAAUCUAUUGUUUUUCAUCUCUCGUCUUGAUUUGCCGUCACACAAUAACACAAACAGGAGGUGUGUAACUUCCUCAGUCAUGAGUCACUCAUCUGACCAAAUAACCCCGUAAGAAAUAAUAAUAAUAAAUAAGUUAUGGUCUUGUUUUACCUCAAGAUUUUUUUUUUCUCUACAAGUGCCUGAUUUCUGGAAUGUGUUUUUGUUCUGCGGUGCCAUGGUCGGUUCUUAUCUUUCCGUUUCCUUUUGUUUUUGGGUCUCCGCCCUUCUCUCCUGUGGUUGAUGGUAUAACUAAGGCACUGACCCAAAGAUGUGUACAUUUAAUACAAGCAGUCUAACUAAAAAAUAAAAAUUUUUAAAAAGCACACUUUAAGCCAAGGACAUGUCUAUGCACUCUCUUUGCCUUUAACACAGGCAUUAACAGCGUAUGCUGCUGAGAGGCAUAUAGCACUCUCUCUGCCUAGUGAUCCAGUGUGUGUGAAUAUGGUACACCUAACGAGCCCGACUCCAAACCGGCAUGAGGUCAGACAACAUCAGUGUUUCUCACAGAUGAACUAACCGCCUAUAACUUCAUCACAAAACUCAACAAGUUGCCGUGCUGUCUGAAAUCGGAUUCUUACCUUAUGUUUCAUUGUUGUAUUUUAAAGUGUUUUUGUACAUACUUUAAUAUGUAACAUAUUGUAUUGUGUACAUUUGGAAUUGCUUUUUUUUUUUUUUGGAGUAUAACUAAUAUGAAAAUGACUGGACUUAAAGGUCGUCCACCUGAAACCAUUUCCCUCAUGGAUGUGUGCUUUAUAGCAAGGUUAUAUGAUGUAAAUAAACAGAACUAUGUUUAAAA